AUGCGAUGCAUCCUCACCGUCAAUCAGGCACGAAUCUUGAUGCCAGAUCUAGCUAUCAUGGAUUGGGGGGAAGAGAAGAGAGCGGCUGGUUUCAUGGUGGACGGAGUCUCUCCCUCCUCGCCGGACCUCGAUUCCACGUCGGAGCUCCUCGGAAACCUCGAUCUCAUCGGGAGGAUCGUCAGUGAUAGUUUGGACAUGCCAGACAUGGAUGGCAUGGAUGUUGAUCUGGUGUUGGAAGUUCCAGACACUCCCGAAAGUGUGGUAAGGAAUCGGGGAUCUAGGUUUUCCGCUUUCAAUGAAGAUGUUCCAGGAUUGAAUUCCUUGUCAUCUGACCGAAGAGCAGGCCGUGCAAGAAAAACAUAUGGUCACCAGUCUAGUGAGUCUAGCUCUUGUGAUUUGGUAGGCACUGAUAACUCACAAGAUGAGACUGAACUCCUGUUCAGGCAAGCAAGGUUGGCACGCUUGCUAUCUGAGGACCGAGAUGGCAAAGCUUCCCACCCAACCUUUGAGCGCAAUGUAGUUUCUAAUGGGAAUGGAAGGAGCUCAAAUCAUCAAUCUGAUUCCCAUUCACCCGGACAUAGAGACUCACGGAGGAGGAUUGAGAAGGAACUGCACCCCGGGCAUGAGGGCAGUGGUAAUUUUCAUUUGAAGCAUACAGAUAAAGGAAAGGGCAUUGUUUUGAGGUCUGAUUCAAAAGAUAAAAUUAAGCAAACACUACUAGGAGGAUCGCCAAUUGAUGCUCAUAGAAACACAGGGCGGAGGAGGCUGGUGGUCAUACAUAAUGGCUGCACAUCUCCAUUUGGUACUGCAAAGAGUGGCAUCUCACCUGUACAUGAUGGCCAAAAUAAUGCUGAAUCUGCUCAUGUGCAAAUAUCAUCUUCAACUUCUGGAAUCAGCAGUAGAAAUGUUAAAAAACAAGUAGAUGUUGAUAGUGAUUCAAAGUUGAAAACUGGACAAUUAAAUAGUAAACAUUCAGAAAUGGACAGCUUUCCAUGCCGAAAUGGGCAGAGAAGGUUGGUACGUAAUGGUUGCAUUGCUCCAUGUAACAUCAAAAGAGAUAAUAGCCAUGCAGGUAUCAAAGGGGAUGACUUUGGUUGUAAUACACACAAUGAGGGUUCAUUGGUGAAAGAAGUUCAUGUCAUCAGUCCUGAUUCCAGCGACAGAUGUGCUGAUAAGGGAAAGGGAAAAGCCAUAACGGAUGAUAAUGUGGGAGCUAGUUUUCAAACCUCUGGACUUACUUCCCAAUCAACCAGGUUCUGUCCAUUUCCCAUUAAAGAGGUGAUUUCUGGUGGAAAUCCUGGAUGUCGUUCUCUUAAAUCCUCUGAAGACAAACUCAGGAGACCGGCACAUAAUUCUCAAGCAUCUGUAGCCUUAUCUGAGUAUACUACUGAUUUUCACAAGAUUGAAAAUGUCAAUAGCAAAAGCCAUGGGACAACGAGAAACAGAGAUUGUGUGGAUGUUGUUGAUGGCAAUCCUGAAAUAAUUGCCCCCUGUAGUGAAUACAAUUCAAACACGGCCAGGGAACUUUCUGAUUUAGUAUCAGAUGAUAGGAGUCUUGGACGCCAUACUCUUGUUAGAGGCAAGAGGAAAAGUAGCUCUAUUCGCACCAACGGUGGUGAAUGCUCCAGCUCAACUGCUGAUGAGGCAGAAGUUAUGUUUGUCAGAUCGUCUGCACAACCGACAAAUCAGAGAUCAUCUCGAACUCAAAAUACUCAGUUGCAUGGUUGCUCUUUACUCAAACCAAUAUUAGAAGGUGAUGAACUGGAUCCAGCCAACUUUAGGUCUGGUGCCGACCCAGAUGAACAGUGUUAUGGAGCUUGUGAGGAUUCUAGUGCAAAGGCUAGGCAGGUUGAAUCAGAUGAGAUAUUAGCUCGUCAACUCCAAGAACAGCUUUUUAAUGAAUCACCAGUCUUUGAAGAGAUGGAUGCAACCAUUGCAUUGUCGUUACAACAGGAAGAGAAUUUGCAGCGUGCUGCUUCUUUUCUAAGGCAGGGUCAGCCUCAUCCUAGAAAUAACUCAACGGCUCCCGUAUAUGCUCCUCCCACAAGAGCAAGUGGUAGGAGUGCUUCAGCUCGACCAACAGCUCGUAGUCGAAUUCCAGCAUCAAGUAGAAUGGCCUACUUGAGAAGUUUAAACAGGCCUGCAAGAGACCUAGAAACGAGGCUUAACUUCUUGGAAGCAUUGGAAGCAGAAUUUGACAACAGAAAUAGAUUGAACAAUGUUUUACAACUGCAACGGGAAUUUAAUGAGAAUGACUAUGAAAUGCUUCUGGCUCUUGAUGAUAACAAUGAACAAGCUGGUGCUUCUCAGAGGCAGAUCAAUAACUUGCCACAAUCAGUGGUUCAGAAUGAGAAUUUUGAAGAAGCCUGUGCUGUGUGCCUGGAGACCCCCUCCAUUGGAGAUACCAUUCGCCAUCUACCAUGCCUUCACAAGUUUCACAAGGAUUGUAUCGAUUCAUGGCUCAAGAGGAAGACAUUAUGUCCUAUAUGCAAGUGUGGUAUCACUUAAUUUAAUUUACUCCAAUCUCACCUGUAGCAGCUAUCAGUUACCAGAUUUUGACGUUUGGAUCAAGGAUGCCCUCCUUGAAAGACUUCUCAGAUGCUGUGAUGAAGGUUGCUGGAGAGAGCUGCACUGUGUUUGUGAGGGUUCCAGGAUGCCGAAACAAAGACUGUGACAGUAUUUGUGAUGGAAUUCAAAAAGGAGGCAGAGGGAGUUGUGAUGACUGGGACACUUGCCAUUGCAACAACCCUUGUUAAACCUUCCUUCCAAUGUUCUUGUUUACAUUGUGCACCAAUUUGUCAAGAAGGUGGUUUUUUUUUUUUGUUGAUGAUUUAAUGUUAACUUCUUUGUCUUUAACAAUGAGAUCUGGUAAAUGAAGCUCUACUCUUUUUUUU